AUGACUGAAACUGUUCAUACGAUUCGCAUUCUCCUGAUCGCUAGCCAGAACCCAUUUGAAAUGAGUCUGGUCCAAAGAAUUCAAUCUUCGAUUGGUAAGCGUGUUGGCAUUGGCAUCAACCAGGCCAAUGUUGGCCAGACAACUAAUGGUUCGGCUAAGAAGAUUGGCAGUGAAAGGGAUCGACUUACUUGGACUGUGAAUCUGCGUCGUGCCGCUCAAACUGGCCAUUCCGAAACCGUUUGUCUGAGCUAA